UUCAUUAUUAUAGCUCAGAAGAAUAGAAUAGAAAGAAACACAUAAUAAUAAUAAUAAUAAUAAUAAUAAUAAUAUGCAAUAGCUCUUCUGCUGGAGCUCUCCCUCCCCUGAUUUGCAGGAUCGGUGAUGAUAGUCCCGAGAAGAGUUAUGAGACAAUGAGCUACAUCCUUUUCACUUUCGAGGAUCUAGAGAGAAAAACGACUGUGUAAAGCUAGGCUGAGGAAAUGUUCUCCUUGUUCUAUGGACUUUGGAAGUAUAUGUUUAGUAAGACGGAGUUUCAUAUACUCAUUCUUGGGAUAGACAAAUCGGGAAAAACGACCUUGUUGGAGAAAUUGAAAUCUAUAUACUCAAACUUGGAAGGGCUUCCUCCUGAUCGAAUUGUUCCCACUGUCGGACUGAAUAUCGGUCGAGUUGCAUUGCCCAAUGCGAAGCUGGUGUUCUGGGAUCUAGGAGGCCAGCCUGGUCUUCGUUCAAUAUGGGAGAAAUAUUACGAAGAGGCCCAUGCGGUGGUAUUUGUGAUUGAUGCUGCAUGUCCGUCGCGUUUUGAAGAUUCAAAAUCUGCGUUAGAAAAGGUCCUCCGGAAUGAUGAAUUGCAAGGAGCUCCAGUUUUGAUAUUAGCAAACAAGCAGGAUCUUCCUGAAGCUGUAUCAACAGAAGAACUUGCUCGUUACCUAGAUUUGAAGAAGUUGGAUGAAAGGGUUUCCAUGUAUGAAGCUGUUUCAGCCUAUGACGGGCUGGGGAUUAGAGAGAGUGUAGAGUGGCUGGUGGAAGUCAUGGAGAGAAGCAAGAGAACCGAGAUGUUGAGCACACGUGCAGGAGCAAGUCCUGCUUAGUAAUUAUUAUUUUUAAUAAAGAAUUCCAUUUUUAGCAUUUUUGCAUUUAGAGGUUCGUCAUAUCGUAGAUUUCUCAUUGUGAUUUGAUGAAGUCAAAAAUUUUUUUCCCCCCUCUUUCUCUGUAUUUCUUCGGCCUUAAUUUGCCGCCUAUCUUCUUCUAUCAAUAGAAUCUGCUCAAUGGUUGUGGUUUCCGUUUC